AUUUCGUUCGUGUUUUUCUUUUUAAGAGGUUUAAUUUCGAGUUUUUGUAUUCGUAAAUUCAUUUAGUCUGAAGUGCAGUAGUUGCUCACUGAACCGCCAGCUACACAUCUCAUUAGUGCAUCAGCGUCCAUUGGUGACACAUCGGGAGUGUAGCAAGUUGCAUAUCUAGAACUCUGUCUUCUUUUAUUGCUCACUUCUUCAGUUAGUCUUACUAGGAUGGCUAAGAUGAGUGCAUGCUUUUUGCGGACGCAGGAGGAGCUGGCCGCAGUUUGCGAACAGCUGAAUGUGUUUUGGCUACGGUCAAUCACCUUCAGGCCGCUCCUUUAGAGUGUAGUGGUGGCGGAGAAUCUGGCGCGUCGCGUGGGUCACCACAGGUGUCGUUUAUUUUGUCCACGGGCUACGCUUCCGUGGUACCUCCUAGUGUCCCCGACAUUGGAGCCGUCCUCAACAGCAAGCUACAGUGUACCACUUUUGACUGAGCUGCAGUUACCGAGAAGUGGUUUUGGUUUCUACAAGUGUGGCCAGUCAGUUCACAGUCCUAUGUUCCGUUGGUCCACAGGAUAGUAUAUGUCAUUACAAGACAUACUCACAGUGAGUUUAGCCAUCAACGUUACAUGGUGACGUCGUGGCAUACGUCAGUAACACCGGAACGAUAUUCUGGCCUUAACUUGAAGCAGUACAGCGGAAGGCGGGAGCUAUGUUAGCUGAAACCAAAGUGCAAGAGAUGACUGUCCUGUGAUUGUAAAAGACAGGGGCAAUCUAAAUCUAUCUGAAGGAAAAGAUUCGAUCUGUAGAAGUGUUUCUAGUUGUUGUCGAACGUCUUUUAAGCACUGUAGCAACAUAUAUCUCAGGUAUGUACAAACUACAACAAUUCAGCACGCUCAAAAUGAUUUUGUAAAUGUACUACUACGCAUCUUACUUGUUGUGAACUUCUAAGUUUGAUUACCCCUGCAACACUAUUAAGACUUUAGGUUAGGUAAGGUUAAUCUUGACAUUGGCUUGAAUUUGGCUUACUGACUACAUGUAUAGGACUAAUUAUUCUUUACUUAUCUGAGUGCAAAUUGCAAUACCCUUUGGUCUUAAAUAAUUUAUUAGUUCUGUGAAUCAAGGACUCUGCAGUGUAAAAAAGAUUCUGAAUCUUGCCUUAAUAACUAAACGCAAUUUCUGAAAUUUUUCCCACACAUCUUGUCAACAACAGUGAUAUCACACAAUACUGUAUGCCUCUUAUAUAUUUAAGAAAUUCAAUUUUAAUUCAUGUUACAGUUUUAUUUUUUGGAUACUCCAUUACUGCAUUGAAUCAGUGCUCAAUCAAGUAACCCUUCAAGACUCAUUUAAAACUGUUUAUGUCCGUUAUUACUUUUGUUGAAGUGGGUAAUGCGUUAUACAGUUUGAUGCCAGGAUGAGGAAUGGGAUAGUGCUGUAUUUGUCCUUUGUAUAUGUGGAUAGCUUAUUUCUCAUGUUUAGCAGCUAUUUACAGAUGAAUUAUGGGUGCCAUGUGGAGUGCUACUGUUUAGUUUUUCUUUUACAAUUACAGCAUUAUCUGGUAGGUAUAUACAAAGAAGUGGUAGUAUUUUAUAUUUCCUCAACAGCUGCCUGCAUGAUGACAUUUGGUCCACUAUUUCCAUUAAUUCUGUACUCAAAAUGGUUUAAAACUUGUACCACUGUUUUCCAAAAUACUACAUGAUAUUUGAAUACUGAGAGAGCAUAAGCAAAAUAUGUGGGCUGGAAGUCUUCACACACAAUAGAAAAUGGCACAUAUUCACCUACAGUAUCAAAAACGUCCACAGAAUAGGCUAUAUAUUGAAGAAAGAGGGACUUCAAACAGCAUAUAGGACAGACAAUACAGCACAGAAAAAACUCAGAACAUAGGAGACACCCACAGAUAAGCUCAACAGAUCAGGAAAUUAUCAACUCACAUGCAUCACUUUUCAAUCAGUAUUCGUUGGACAAACAUAGUGCUCACCGCGUUUUACGUAAUAAAAAGGCGUUUAUAAAGAAAGAAAUUACGCAAAGUACAUUAACAUGUGCGCACAGUGUCCUUGGAACACAAAAGAAAAAGGAUCAGUCACAACAAAACGUUAAUAGUAACACAUAUAUACACGAAACAUUUGACAUGCAAAAAUCAAGUUUUUCAAAAAUCAGGGGAUGCGUUAACUCACCCAGACUUUCAGCUUUUGGUUUGCAGAUGACAAGCUAUCAGUGCAGGAAACCAUACUAGUGGUCCUGCAAAACCAUAUAAUGUAAAAUCACGAUAAGAAGCAAAACGAAGAAAAACUUCCUUUAGACUCACUUUGUUAAAUUACUUACAACCUAAAAUACGUUCACUUUUCACAGUUUUUCAAUAAACAAAAACCCACUGAUGAUGGCCCAGACGUGCUCUAACAUUUUUGGGUAAAAAAAAAAAAACAGUGUGUUGGCAAAAAGGCGGAACCCAUAACCUAUAAAGUGUGUUUUCUGUUUUUCAGAGAGUUGAAAAUGAGUGACCAGGGAAGUGUAAACGACACAGACAUUGAAGCUGAUUUGGAUGAGAUGGCAUCAGAUACUGCUCGUGUACGCGACGAGUCAGUUGAUGAGAUGCACACAGCGGCCAAUUCAUCUGGGGCACAUGUUCCCAUUGUAACACGCCAGCCUUCCCAUAUCAGUGAAAUGCUGGAGGACCUGCCAUUGGACUAUCGAGACUCGUCACUUGUGCAGGGAGAAGAGGUAGCUGUGGAGAUAUGGCCGCCCAGUGUCACAGAGCACUCAGGACUGGAGCAGCUUCUCUCACCCUGUGACACCAGCAGACCAUCACAUGUGUAUUUCAAUGACUGUGAUAAUGACAUUUCAUAUAAUGAUGGUGACAAUCACAGUGAUACUGAUAAUUGUGACUGUACUGAUAUUGACAUCAAUGAAAGCAAUAUUUGUUUAUUUCAUUUCCACAAUUUUUAUAUUGGUAACUAUAACAGAAAUAAUGAAACAUUAUCAGUUAUUGACAUAGGGAAUUAUUCAUUUUUUAGUUAUAACAUUCAUGACCAAAACUUUUGGUUUGUUAGGUAUAGUGGCUCAAACAGUAUCCCAUCGUUGCUACCAACAGUUCAUGAUAUUGUAUUUAAUAUAUUUUAUAUGUGUAGAGACACUGAUAAUAGCGAUUAUACUAAUACUGUCGUCAAUGAAAAUGUUUGUUUACUUCAUUUCCGUGAUUUUUAUAUUGGUAGCUAUAACAGAAAUAAUGAAACAUUAUCAGUUCUUGACAUAGGCAACUAUUCAUUUUUUAGUUAUAACUUUCAUAACCGAAAUUUUCAUUUUGUUAGGUAUAAUGACUCAAACAGUAUUUUGCCAUUGUUAUCAAUAAUACGUGAUAUUGUAUUUAGUAUAUUUUAUAUAUAUCACGAUAAUACUAAUAUUGCCACCAAUGGAAACAAUAUUUGUUUACUAAAUUUUCAAGAUUUUCGUAUCGGUAACUAUAACAGAAAUAAUGAAACAUUAUCAGUUCUUGACAUAGGCAACUAUUCAGUUUUUAGUUAUAACUUUUGUAACCGAAAUUUUCAUUUUGUUAGGUAUAAUGGCUCAAACAGUAUUUUGCCAUUGUUAUCAAUAAUACGUGAUAUUGUAUUUAGUAUAUUUUAUAUAUAUCACGAUAAUACUAAUAUUGCCACCAAUGGAAACAAUAUUUGUUUAUUAAAUUUUCAAGAUUUUCGUAUCGGUAACUAUAACAGAAAUAAUGAAACAUUAUCAUUCCUUGACACAGGCAAUUAUUCAUUUUUUAGUUAUAAUAUUCAUAAUCGAAAUUUUGGUUUCAUUAGGUUUAAUGGGUCAUACAGUAUGUCUUCAUUGUUGUCAACAGAAUUCGAUAUGGUAUUUAAUAGAUUUGGUAUGUAUAUUACUUACAUAUGUUACAAUGAAAUCAAUAUUAUGUUAGUGUUACAGUUAGUAUUGCUAUUGUAUAUUUUAUAUAUAAUCCAUAUGCACUAUUAAACUGAAAAUAAAGCGAUUUUUUGUUAUAAUGUUCGUAA